AUGCUGCGGAAAGGUUUCGGCGAACUGGAGGAGUCGAGCAGUGCUGGCGGUGGCGACGGCGCAGAGACUGACGAUCACUCGGGUGCACCCGCGACCCGUGGGAGGAAGUGUGUCUUGAGGGGGCUAGCGGUGUGCAGCGCUGCGGUGCAGGACCAGGCAAUAGCUCGGGCUCUCGAGCUGCACGGGGAAGGCCUCCAAGUCCUUGACCUCGCCGGCUGCCGCGGCUUGGACGCGUCAUUGACGAUGGAGGCGGUGCGAUCGCGGUGCAAACGCCUCGUCGCCUUAGACCUGUCCGGAGGGAGGUCUUUCGAGGGCAGGGGGCGGGGAGAGAUGGGAUGCGCCCCUUCCGUGGCGGUGCCGAGGUGUGCGGUCGGCGGGACGUCAUUCGAGCGGGAAGUUGGAUUGGGUCUCAGCCGGCGUCACCCGAGUUGCAGCCCAUCGGUGGCCAGUCUUUCGAUUCCGGACAACACCCACCACCGACUGCAUGACUACCAUCUGGUUUCGCUGCUGACCGGGCUUGGCGGCAGACUUUUGUCCCUGCAGCUACGGGAUCGGCCGUUCAUAACCGACGAAGGAAUCGGGGCCAUCGCAGUCGCUUGCACGCAGCUGCAGGAGUUGGACAUCGGCCGGCGGACUGGCGACACAGGAAACAGAAUGAUGCGGACCGGUAGUAUCACCGGCCAGGCUCUGGCGACUCUUUCUGCUGCGCCGUGCGCGCCGCUGCUGGUGUGCCUCGGGCUUCGAAAUCGGCACUGCGUCGGGAACAUGGACCUGCGAGCCCUGGGCACCCACUUCCCUAGCUUGAGGAGGCUUGACCUGGCAGGGCUUGUCAAGGUGGACGACGACGUUCUCAGGGCUCUCGCGUCGACUCUGUCCCUCACGCACAUAGAUAUAUCCAGGUUUCACGGCAACAUCAGGGAUGUGCUUGAUCGGCAUCACCCCGAGUCGCGAUGUCCACGGCAUGCGCAUACCGCCAACCCUCGCCUACCCACUCACGGUGCCCCCCAACCCGGACUCGUGCGGCACAGAGCACACCGCGUUUCUGUAAGCGGAGUGUCAGCGCUGGCCGUAGGGAGCCCGGAGCUGGCGUGCAUCUCACUGCAUGGAACUGCUCUGGCGGACGGGGCCGUUCGAGCUCUGUGCGACGCCUGCCCCAGGCUCCGACACAUCAACUUGUCCUUAACGCGCGUGACGGAGCGGUCCCUCCGCCUUCUUGCCAUGAAGGAUAGCUUGAGAUGGGUCAAUGUCCGUUGCUGCAGCGGCAUUGGUAACGACGCCGUUACUGCCAAGAUCUUGGCGAACUUCCGGAGUCGCUUGUCGCCACCCAAGCACCCGAGAGACCGUGGAACGGUCCUAGGAAUGGAGCGCCCUGAGCCUCAGUCGAGGACGCGCGCACCAAGCUGCUCCCGCCGCAAACCUCUCGGUGCCAACAGCUCCGGCAGAAGCGAAGACAGCAGCGGCUGCGGCGGCUACCAAGGGGAGCGCGGCAAGGGCCGGCGAGAGGCGGCGAUUCGACAAGAAGGGAACGGGCACGAGCUUGUAGCGGAAGAAGCUUCAGCAAUACAGGCGACAGCAGCCGAAGAAGAAGCAGUACCGUCGCUCGCUGGCGAACCAGCCGGUGCAUCGUCCCGCGACCAUCCGCCGCGGCCGCCGCCGCCGCCGCCGUUGCUCCCGGCGGGUGUCGGCGACCUCUCACUAGGCCGGCACCGUCGCCGUGGCGGAAGCGGUAGUUCGUCUAUGAGGGAGGGAACAAAGGGAGGCGGGGGGUCAGGUGGCACGGGAUCUCAGGACGGAGGGCGCGGCUUUGCGAAGGGUCGAGGUGGUGGUGGAGAACGCAGAGUCGAGGAAGAAGCGGUAGUGCCGUUCGACUGGGACACCGUCCCCCGAGGCAGCGGGGUGGGAGUUCUCGGGUCUUGGAAGGGAUUCCGCGGCCUAUCGGGGGACCUGGUGAAGAACAUCAUUCGAGAGCUGCACCCCCACGCUCAGGUCGAGUUCCGCCCCGAGUCCGACUUCCUCUUUGGGCCCCACUCGCGCAAGAAUACCCACGGCUACCUGGUCCACACGAGCAAGUUCGGGCAGGCGUGGGUGGAGUUCGAAGUGGAUGGCCAAGGAUGUGUUACUUGA